UGCAUUUUGCAUUGGGAUUCGCCAUUACACACUGACUCCGUGACCCCAUUUCUCUUUCUCUGCGACCACACCGUUUAUGUUAUCUUAGGUCACUGAGAUUUCUUCUCUAUCCCUUUACAUACAUUAAAACUCGCUAUGGCAGAUCGAGCGGCAGCCCGAGGGGGGCGUGCCCGAGGACGGGCAAAGACUCCAACUCAACAGGCUCCACUGGCACCUCAACCAGCCCAUGCUGGCCCUCCCCCAGGGAUGGCCCCCAGACCAGCACAAGGACCUUCUGCAUCCGGAAGGGCAACCCACCGGGGUGCAGGAAGACCAGCAGAGGAUCCUAACCUAGUUCAACGUCUAGGGCAAAUGGCCCUAGCUGAGGGAGGGAAUGGUAACGGCGGUAACGGAAACGGCAAUGGAGCCCCCCCAGUUGGAAGGGGCAACAUGCGAGGAAAGCGCCAAAUUUUCACUAAUAAUGUUGUGACACGACCUGAAAAUCUGACUUCCAAAAAAGGAACUAGUGGACAGCCUGUCAGAUUGCAGGCCAACUACUUCAGUUUGGUUAACAAACCAGACUGGUGCCUCUACCAGUACCGUGUGGAUUUUAAGCCAGAAAUCGAUGCCUCAUUUGAACGCAAGAAAUUAUUGAGGGUACAAAACCAGAACAUCGGAGGACAGUAUAUAUUCGACGGUACUGUCAUGUACGCUAGUCAUAGGAUUGGCAAUUUGAUUAAAGUCGGAGAUGAGGUGGAGUUUUUCUCAGAACGAGAGAGUGAUGGUUCUCAAGUGCAAAUCGUAAUAAGACUAGUUGGUGACUUGGUCAGUGGUGACAGUCACUAUUUGCAGUUCUUUAACAUACUGACAAGGAAGUGCUUAAAACUUCUAGAUCUUCAGCUCAUUCAGCGUGACUACUAUGACCCCAAAGCCAAGGUUGAUAUACCAGAGUAUUAUCUUGAGCUGUGGCCGGGUUACAAGACCACUAUAAGGCAGCAUGAACGAGAGGUUUUGAUGUGCGCAGAAAUCACUCACAAGGUUAUGAGAACUGAUACAUGCAUGGACCUGCUGAGCUCCAUCGCACGAGAAAAUCCUCGGGAUUUCAAAUCUGAGUUUACUAAAGCGGUUGUGGGUACAGUUGUCCUAACUGAUUACAACAACAAGACGUAUGUUAUAACCGACGUGGAUUGGGCACAAAGCCCUGUUUCCACUUUUGACAAAAGCGGAACUCAAGUAUCCUACAUGAAUUACUACAAAGAACGUUACAAUAUCCAGAUAAGAAGCCCACAAAACCAACCACUUCUUGUCUCCAAAAACAAGGGAAGAGACAGACGAGCCGCGGAGCUGAAGGGCGCCGGUGCUGGGGGAGACCCCUCCGUUGUGUUGCUGAUACCCGAGCUGUGUCGGAUGACAGGGUUAACAGACAACAUGCGUUCUAACUUUCAAUUAAUGAAAGUAAUGUCACAACAUACGCGCAUCGGUCCUAAGGAAAGGAUUGACCGUCUUCUCGUAAUGAACAGGCGGCUGAGUGGAGAGGAGCGGGUUCAAAGAGAGUUUCGGGAAUGGAACCUUAGACUGGCCAACCAGCUUGUAGAGAUCCCAGGUCGGGUUUUGCCUGCGGAGGGAAUAGUUCUGGGUAACAAUAUGACCGUCCCUUCUGGGGACGAGUGCGACUGGACCAGACAUCUGCGGUCCAAUCCCAUGUUUUCAAUGCCACCUGGUGGUUUAAGUAGGUGGGCAAUAAUUUUCCCAUCACGAACAGCCAAUGAUGCCUACGCUUUUGUUGACAUACUGAAACAAGCGGCUAGAGGCAUGAAAUUUACGAUCAGCAAUCCGGACCCAUGUGAAAUUCCUGAUGACCGUACGCAGACGUACGUCAACGCAAUUGAUAAUUGCAUUUCUAACAUGUCUCCUCAAUUGAUUUUUGUCAUUCUAACGUCUAAUAAGGCAGAUAGAUAUUCUGCAAUUAAGAAAAAGUCCCUGGUUGAUCGAGCAGUUCCGACCCAGGUGCUGUUGGCAAAAAAUAUGGGCAAGAAAGGUGUAAUGAGUAUAGCUACCAAAGUAGCUAUUCAAAUAAAUUGUAAAAUCGGAGGAGCCCCCUGGUCAGUUCAGAUGCCAUUGGGAGGUUUGAUGACAAUUGGGUUCGACGUUUGCCAUGAUUCCAAACAGAAAGGCAAAUCAUUUGGAGCCAUGGUGGCAUCACUUAACAAACCAAUGUCUAGAUACUUUUCUGCAGUAUCCCACCACUCUACGGGUGAAGAACUUUCAAAUGACCUUGCUCUGAACAUCGUUAAGGCCCUUGAGUCUUAUAAAAAACACAACGGCACAUUCCCAUCACAUAUUCUCAUCUACAGAGAUGGAGUGGGAGAUGGACAAAUCCCUUACGUGUUUGAACACGAGGUUGUAAACAUUCAACGCGCCAUCAGCGAAGUGAUUGGCCAAGCACCAAAGCUGGCUUUCAUUGUUGUUUCAAAACGUAUCAACACUCGUCUAUUUAGUGAAAGGGGGAAUCCCAGGCCAGGGACUGUCGUCGACGAUGUGAUCACUCUACCAGAGAGAUACGAUUUUUUUAUCGUGUCCCAGUACGUCAACCAGGGAACGGUGAGCCCCACAAGCUAUAACGUCAUUCAUGACACAAUUGGUCUCGACCCUGAUAAAAUGCAGCGACUAACUUUCAAAAUGACUCACACAUAUUAUAAUUGGAGUGGUACAGUUAGAGUGCCAGCACCUGUCCAGUAUGCGCACAAAUUGGCGUUUCUGGUCAGUCAAUCUCUACAUCGGGCUCCUAAUCCAAGUCUUGAGGAGCUUCUGUUCUUUUUGUAAAGAACUAAAAUCCAAAGUGCCGUACAUGUGACAUUAAAGUGCCUUAAUAAGUGUUUGUGACAUUAAAUUCAUAUGCAUAAAUGCUCAGGGAAUGAUAUUUUUAAGUGCUUUUACUUUAAGGUUUUUUACUCAGGAAUUGACAUUUUUCCAUUUAAAGAAGACUGAUCAGUUUUUGUUCUUAAGUUUUGAUCCCUAAUGCAGCAUAGAAUAGUGAUGGUGCACAAGUAAUUUUGAGUUGGUGAGAUUUUACUAUGUAAACAUUUUAGUUUUAUGUUCUGUUUUGUAGAACAAAUUUGUAAAUAUGUUCAUUGUUAGUAACAAUUCAUUAUUAGAUUUAAGGAACUAAGUAAGUCUGUUUUGUUUGUGUAAAGUAUUUUUCUACAUUUGUUAAAGAGUUUAAAGAGAAUUUAAUAAAAAAAAGUCU